UCUGAGAAUGAAAAUCACCGACUUUUACACAAAAUCGUCCGUUCCGCAGCAGGAGCAACCACACGAGCAACCACCACACGAGCAACAUGAGCAACAGCGACAUGAGCAACAGAGACAUGAGCAUCAACAGCAGCAGCAGCGUCGUGCUGAUGACGUGAUGGGCUCUGCUGCUCAGCCGCCGAUUGCUCAACCUUAUGCUGUUUCUGCGAAUGUUGGCUCUGCUGCUGCUGCUGGCCCUGUUGCUGCUGCUGCUGGCACGCGACAGCCAUCAUCACCAACUGCUUUCAGCACUGAACGACCGCCUACGUCUUCGUCCUCAUCUUCUGCGUACUAUGCUGGUCAUGAUGCUCACUACUCCCAAGCUCAAGCCCGGCCUCUCCCUGCCUAUGCUGGCUCUGGUUACUCUGGCUCUUCUGCUGCUGCCGCCCCUGCUCCGACAAAGUCGCUCCAGGAACGCCGCAAGACGUAUCGCUGUGGCAGUGACUUUGUCCUUCUGAAAAGCAUCCCGACGUGGGAACGAUACGCUGCACAGAAAGUGCCUGCGAGCAAAGAAGCCUUCUUCGACACAAACCUCGAUCUUGCCGCAAAAAUCUCGCUCUGGCGCGGUGACAUUACGACACUCGAGAUUGACGCGAUUGUCAAUGCCGCCAACGAGAGCUUGCUCGGUGGCGGUGGCGUGGAUGGCAGCAUUCACCGCGCAGCCGGCUCGGACUUGCGCAAAUACUGCGAAACGCGCUUUCGCAACGGCUGCCGCACAGGCCAGGCCGAGAUCACACCGGGCUUUCGUCUCCCAGCAAGCUAUGUCAUCCAUACUGUCGGUCCCAUUGGCGAAAAGCCUCAGUUGCUGCAGAGUUGCUACGAAAAGUCGCUGGAUCAGGCCAUGAAUGCAAACUUGCGCACCGUCGCUUUUUGCUGCAUUUCCACCGGUGUUUACGGCUACCCGCCUGUGCAAGCAGCUCACGUUGCCUUGCAUACGACUCGUCGUUGGCUUGAAGCAAACUCUGACUUGAUCGACCGAAUCAUCUUCUGCACCUUCCUUGAAAGUGACGACUCGAUCUAUCGCCAGCUCCUCCCACAGUACUUCCCAAUCACCCAGCCCUUGACAGUGGUGCCGUGGCCGCCAAAGUCUGGCAACGGAAAGGGCCCGCGCUCGUAUUCGCGUGAUGCCGAGACAGACUAUUAAUGCCCCCGUCAGCAGCAAGCGUCGCUGUUUUGCAGGAUCCAUCCCCAGUGUUUUUGUUCGUUUCCGUUAGACUUUUAUUCAAUACUAAAAAUGUCGUGCGUGUUGCAAUCGCACAGGAGCGUUGUUUCACACCCAUUGUUCGCC